AAAUAUUGUUGAUUUUGAAAGUAUAAAAUUUCCGGCAACACUACAUGAUGUUGAUAAAUUCGAGGAAAAUAAUUCAAACUAUGCUAUAAAUAUAUUUAGACCAGUGUAUAAAGAAAUAUUCAGAAAAAUAAAAGUAGAUAUAGAUCCAUUACAUAUCUCUGAAAAAAAUUAUCAAGUAGAGCAUAUGAUAGAUUUGCUAUAUUUAACAGAAGGUGAAGAGAGUUUAAACGAUCGAAAAAAUCCUAACGAUAUACCAGAAGGAUUAAAAACACAUUAU